AUGAGGUACCUGCGCCGUCCACUGGGGCCACAGUUCAUGGUGGAGGCCAGGCCAGGGGCCAUGGCCUUGGUAGAGGCAGGGGAACAGCAGCACCAGCCAGGGGAUUCACAGGCCAGAGCUCCAGAUUAUGGUGGUUAUUCGGCUUCGUUCGUUUCUGUUCAGCAUCCGACGCUAGACCGCGGAUGUUUUGAGUGUGGUGAGAUGGGGCAUUUCAAGAGAAAUUGUCCCAGACUUAGGCAAGGUGGCCAGGGUGGCACCCAGCCUAACAGAGGUGGGUUUCAAUCUAGUAGAGAUGGACAUCUGCUCGGCAGGGGCGAAUUGCAGACAGGGCAGGUUGAUCGCAAUGGUUCGCAGGCUACUGGUGGAUAG